AUGCAGGCGAACAACCUGCAGCUGUUCUGGGAGAUCGCAUCGUCCGAUCAGGACGCGCGACUCGCUUCGGCCAACCACCUCGUCCAGCAACUCCUCGCACAGCAGGACGUGCUUGCGUCCACGUCCAAACUCACGCUCAACGCCGCCCUUCCCACCGCCGAUGAUGACGCGCCAAACGCACUGCAAGUCGACGAGGCCGAGGCGGAUGCUGUAGAGGAUGCGUUGGGAAACCGCACGGUCGCCGACCUCAUGUACGCCCUGCGUCGUCUGCUGCGCGGCCUCGCAAGCCCAAGAGAAAGCUCGCGCCUCGGAUUUGCGGUGGUGCUCACCGAGCUGCUCAGCAACAUCCGCUACGCCGUCACCGCACGCGAGAUCCUCGUGCUCGUGCUGAGGUACUCGAAUCCACAGGUGGCCGCGAGCAGGCAGGAGCAGAAGGACUUUAUGUUUGCAAAGCUCUUUGGCAUCAUGUGCCUCGUCCAGUCCGAGCUGCUCGUUCAGCACACCGCCACGAUCGCCGACUUCAAGAGGUGCAUGCGCAUCCUCAUCACGCUCUCGGCGGAUAAGCCUUGGAUGGCAGAGAGCUGCGCCUGGGUUAUGGUCAAUGCCGUAGCCCAGAUCCAACAGCAGAAAGAUCUCGCCUGGGCGGGAGAGGCCCACGCUUGGAUGACCGAACAAAUCACAGCUACAAGCGAACUCAGCCCCGAAAAGCUCGCCGUGCUGUUGCAGCUCAGCCACACGGCUCCUGCCGACUACUUUCACAACAUCGCGCUGCCCUCGAUGCGCAAGGAACACCCACUAUCCACCGCCAAUCUGCCGCAGCUCGCGCGUGUGCUCAAGGAGGCCAUCCCUGCCGAAAACGACGCCAACGCCACCGUGGGUGCAAGGUCUCGCUGGCAACCCAAGAUCCACUUUGUGUGGGACCUGAUCCUCGCUGUCUACUUUAAGGAGGUGGCAGAGACGCGGCUUGCGGCGUUUCCGGACUUCUACCGCGUGGUGGUGGACGAGACGCUGUUUGCGGCGUCGUCGUCGCACGAUCGCAAGUCGUGGGGAUUCCAGGUGUUCGAGCGUGCCCUGGCACGCGCGCGCGACGACGACAAACCCCUGCUCUUCACGCCCAACUUUAUGCGCACGCUCAUCAACCAACUCGGCAACCGCGAACGCCUGCUGCACCGCGCCGCCGUCAAGGCGACCCACACGAUCCAGGAGGUGGUCAAGCAGCAUCCGCAUCUCGGAUUCGUGCUGGUCACCCAGCUGAUCGGCAAAAACGGCCAUCCGAACUUCGACUCGAUCACCAAGACCAAGACGGUCGAGCAGGUGUUGGCGGCGCUCGACGUGGAGCGCGUGCGCGAGUACGUGCAGCAUCUGGGCGAUAUCAUGUGCAAGGGCAUCGCUACCGACGACGACGAUGAACUGCAAGAGAUCACGAACCGGAGGAAGUGGGCGUUGGAUCAGUUGCUCUUCCUCGUGCGCACGCCCAGUGUGCCCAAGGACGACGCGCUCAUCCUCGACGUGCUCACCUUCCUCGCCGCGCACGGCUACUUUGCGCUCACCAAGGCCAUCAAGAAGCGAUUCUUGCUCCACACACUGCCCACGCCGCCGUUGGCAGACUCGCUCAAGCAGCUCACGCGCCAGCGCUUCCUCUCGUGCGUCUCGGAGCUCGCCAAGCAAGCCACCCCCACCACCGCAGUGAAUGGAAAGAAGACGCCCGGUGUGGCGCAGGAUGGUGAGCUGUGGCUCGCCAAGGCGCACACGAUCCUGGUGCAGCUCGAGGCGGACAAGAGCGUCACCUCGGUGUUUGACCACGACGCCGAGAUCGCCGCCAAGCUCGCCGAGGGCGUGCGGUGUCUGGAGCGCGUGCGCAAGCUGGAUGCCAAGAGCGACAGUGCCGAGGCGCACGAGCGCUCGCGUGCGUUCCAGUCGCUGCUGCUCUCGGCGCUGCUCGUGUCGGCGGAUGCUGCGGACGGUGCGUCGGAUCUGGUGGAACCGCUGUGCGCGUGUGCGAACAAGCUCUUCCCGCCCGCAACCACGCGCAAGGGCAAGAAGGCUGACGAGGAGGAGCCGACGGGCAUCGAGCUGCUGUGCGACUGUCUGCUCAGCUUCCUCGAGCUCUCGUCGGCGUUCCUGCGCACCACGGCCACCAACGCCUUUGAGGCCUUCUCGCAGGAUAUGACCAAGGAGAGCAUGGGUCUGCUUCUGUCGCACCUGCGCACCACCGACGAGCCGGCCUCGGCAGAUGAGGAUGAGGACGACGACGAGAUGAUGGAUGCGGACGACGAUGACGAGGAGGGCAAGCCGUCGGAUACGUCGGCGACGAGCGACGACGAGAGCGAUGCCGCGUCGGAUUCGGACGACGACGAAGAGGGCGAGGAGGUGGACGAGGAGCUGCGAUCGCGGCUGCGCGCUGUGCUCAAGGAGUCUGGCAUGGCGGAGCGCGAUGGCGAGGCCGACGACGAUGACGAAGACGAUGAGGAUGCGCAGUCGGAUGCCGGUUCCGAGUCGAGCGUUGAAUUCUCCGAUCUGGGCGAUGACGAGAUGAUGCUUCUGGACGACAAGUUGGCCGAGGUGUUCCGGCAGCGCGUCUCGGCGGUGCGCGACCAGAAGGAGGCCAAGCAGGAGGCCAUCGCGCUGCGCUUCAAGGUGCUGGAGCUGGUGGAGGUGUUUGCGCGCAAGCAGCCGCAGAGUUCGUUGAUGCUCGACCUCAUCACGCCGCUGUACGAUCUGUGGAAGGCGCGGGACGAAGAUACGGAGCAGCUGGCCAACAAGGCGCGAGGACUACUGCUUACGCGCAUCAGCAAGGCCAAGACGGUUCCGGACUCGGUGGAUGCCUCUCAGCUUCGGGAGCUGGUGGAGAAGAUGCAUACAGAGGCGCGCGAGUCGCAGUCGAACGAUGUGUCGAACGUGAGUCAGGCGAUCAAUGCCUACCUCACCAAGACGGCGCUAUCGCAGGCCGGGGAUGAUGCCAAGACGGCGCUGGGUGGCGAAUUGGUGGCGAUCUAUCGUGCAUCGUUGUUGGACUACCUCGAGCGCAAGGCGAGUCGGAUGCGACACGAGUUCCUCAUCGACGCCUUUCGACGAUUCCCGCUGCUCGGGUGGGAGCUUCGCGGCGAGUUGUUGGAUCACUGUCGACCUGGAGCCGCCACUCGCGCGUUCCGCCAGGUUCAGGCCAUGUCGAUGCUUCAAGCGGUGCUUACGCAAAUCGCCCAGCGUGCCGACAACCAGGUGCUGGAUUUCGUGCCCGAGAUCAGCAGCGUCUUUGUCCAGAUCGUAUCCGACUCGGUGGAGGAUUCCGGUGCGGCGCUUACGUCGAGCCACAUGAAGGAUACGAUCAAGUUCGUCCUGCAGGCGGCCAGGAUCAGCCUGCGUGCCGAAAAGGACGCAAGCAGGGUCGAGGCGGCUUGGAAGGUGACGAAGCUCCAAGAGGCGGCGAAGAAGCUGCAGGGCUCGGAGCGCUUCAAGGCGUCGACGUCGAUUCAUGAUCUGAUGAAGCAGCUGCUCAAAGUGGUCCAGCCUCAGGCGGGCGACAAGGUCAAGAACAAGAAGCGCGCCGCCGACGAUCAGGCAACCGCUACCAAGAGCGAGGCCAAGUCGCCGGCAAAGAAGGUCAAGCCCAGCAAAAAGUGA